AUGUGCGCAAUGACCGCCGCUGCCGAUCCUCAGUCGUCGACGUUGUCGCCGGCUUGGCAGGAUGUGAUGUUUGGCUUGGAAAUUGAUGACGUAUGGCUCAUCGUGGUGACCAGUGGCGGCGCUGCUGUGGAAGGUUCACAGUCGCAGCAUUUGGACAGCGUGUCCAGCGACAAGAGCGUCGUCGGCCACGUGAAUGAGUAUGAGGACGAAAAAGAGCGGUUGUUGCGCAAAAUUGAGCUGGUGGGCGAAAAAAUCAAGGUGGCGGUGAAGUCGAAGGAAGCCGACGUCGAAGAGUUCCUUCGCUUGACGUCCAGCGUCAGUGUCGUCGCUCCGGACAACCCUCAGAUGAUGCGCGUUCGCCAGAUGUUCGACAAAAAGAACAAAAAAUCUACCCAGACUAUAAAUUCACUACAGAAGAAGCUCGAAAACUACCGAAAAAGGCUGAAGGAUCUCAACGAAGGUGUUCUCCACCGUGGUAUAACCGAAACGAUGCUGUCGAACAUGGGCCAAGGACUGAAAGAUGUUGGAACGAACAUUAAAGAGAGUCUCUCAGAAUACACUGGAUCAGUGAUGUCUGUUCCAAAAGACAUCGCUCUUAAGCUGAGAAAAUCGAAAUUUGGAAGCACAGAUUUUAUUCCAGCUUCUGGUGAUGAAGUGUCCUAUCAGAAAAAAGUCGGCAGUUCACCCGGCAAGGCACCGGACCAGAAGUGCACGUUUUACAACAGUGAACGGUAA